AUGGUUAUGUUACAUUUAGUCAGAAGAAACAACAAGAGCUUUUAUGACCUCGCUAAAAUAUAUAAAUCUGACAGAAACUGGUUCUAUCGUGAAAACUUACCGAUUUCAAUGACACCGAAUGAGCAAAUAAAGGAAAUUGUCAAAAAUACUCUUCCUCAAACACACUAUGACAUCAAAGGUUGCACAAUACUUACAUUCAAAGAAGACUUAACAUUACUGAAGGAAAAAAUAACAGAAUAUUUCGACAACUUCAAAGAGGAAGAAUGA